AUGUCUGAAGUUCAAUCGAGGUCUUCUGCCUCUCGUGGCAGGGUAUCCGCCCGUGGUGGCCGUGGCGGUUACAGCUCCAGAGGUGGUCGAGGUGGCAGCAGAUCCACAAAGCCCGACGUUUCAGAGCCUACAUACGAAGAUGAAGGAGAGCUCGGCCAGAUGAAGAAGAAAUACUCGGAUACUCUGCCUAUGCUGAAGGAGCUGUUCUCUGACUGGACGGACGAGGACUUGGUCUUCGCCUUGGAGGAUGCCGGUGGUGACCUUGAGCAGGCAAUUGAUCGCAUUAGUGAAGGCAACGUCUCCCAGUGGGGAAAAGUAGAGAAGAAGACUACCGACCGGAGCCGCCCCAAGCCCAAGGAUGUACAGACCACCCCAACCGAGCCCGCUACAACUGCCGUCCGAGGAGGACGUGGACGCGGCGGGUUUGAAGGCCGUGGUCGCGCUCGUGGAGAUCGUGGCCGUGGCGGUCGCGGCGGUCGGGCUGGCGCUCAUGCCAACGGAACACGCACAGAGAAGCCAUCCCUCCCGGCCGAAGUUACUCCUAUUGCCGAUUCAGUGAUAACUACAGUCGAUGCUCCGUCUGUCGAUGCGGCUGCUCCGGAAACAGACUCUACCACGAAGGAUACCUCUGCCGUGCCUGAAGGCACCAAGAACUGGGCGUCGUUGUUCGCGAAACCGGCAGUGUCUCCUCAGAAGAAACCAGUCGCUCCUGCCCCUGCUCCCGCUCCUGCUCCUAUCACUGAACAACCCGCUCCUGUGCCCGAACCUGAAGAAGAGAAGCCUGUCGAACCUGAAGCUGUCCCCGCUCCUGCGCCCGUCCCCGUUGCUGUCCCUCUUCCCGCCGAGAAGGCUCCCCAGCCAGCAGUCCCUCAACCCGCCGAGGAGGCGCAGAUCGCAACACCCACAUCAGCCGACGUCUCGCCAGCCAAGGAUGACUUGACCAAGAACAACCUUGCGCAAAUCCCCGAUGUCUCGCCCCCUGUCCCGUCCGCCACCGCUGCUAGCACUGUUGGCAGCACCGUUGAUCCCAGCGUCGCCGCCGCGUCCACUCCCGCCCGCCCCACCGCUAGUGCAUUGCCCACGAGCGCAUUCAAGCAGACUAUCCGCACACCUGGAACACAGCGCCGUGUCAUGGAACAGCAGGAGGCUGUUGUCAUGCCUGGAAACCAUGCCGUUGAUCGUGCUGCCGUGCAGUUUGGCAGUAUGGGCUUGAAUGGCGAUGCUGCUGACAUUGACAUCGAUGAGAACAGAGAAGACGCCGAAACCCGUGCUCAGCCUCCUCAGCACUCCCCCGUUGCUCCUCGCGCUUCAUUGCCUCCCUCUACUCAAGCUCAAGCUCCUCAGGAGGUGGCUGCCGUUUCCCGCCCUGCUCCUGGCUUGCCCCCUGUUCCUCAGGCCGCUGCGGCCGAAAACACGUUCUCUGACUUUGCUCGCUACGACUCUCAAAAGCCCUACGACCCGUUCACUCAACAGGUCACUCAGCCACAGCCUCAGGUCCAGGAGCCAUUCGCCAACCAGGCCCCUGUUCAGCCCGCCGUCACCACCGGCAGCGAAUAUUCGCCAUUCUACGCUGGUGACCAGCGUCUUCCUUACAACUACUACAAUGCCUACGGCCAGUCCCAGGAUGCGUCGCUCGCUCAGCGCGCUGCUGGUUUUGGUGUCUCUGGCGCCGAGGCCCAGCCUCAAAUUCCCACCACUCAACCCCCCAGCCGCUAUGGUCAUGUUGAAGCCCCGAACAGCGGCCACACGACCCCCAACCCAACUCUUCCUGGAGUUACUCAAACCCCCGCCGCACACCACAUGCCCGGCCAGGCUGCUCAGGCUUACGGUUAUGGUUACCCAUACUACUCGAACCCUCACUAUGCUUCUUACAUGAGCCAGCAGCAGUACGGACGCAGUCGCCCAAUGUACGAUGACGCUCGCCGGUACGAAGAUCAAUACAUGCCUCACAGCUCUCAGUAUGGCUAUGGCAGCCAGUACGGUCCUUAUGGCGGCAAGGGUGGCAUGUACGGUCACCCCCACGGUUUCUCGUACGACCACACCGCAUCCCCGGCGACUGCUGGUAGCUUCAACCAAGGCAUUCCUGGUCGUGACUCGGUCUAUGGCCGUACUGGAUCGGCCCAGCCUUCUGAGAGCCAACAGUCCGCUGCAGGCACCAGUGCGUUUGGAGCAGGCAUGACGGAUGUCUUUGGCCGCAGCCAGGGUAGCUUCGGACAGACGCAGCCUAUUACCCAGCAGACCCCGGUGUCGACGGAAGAACCAAAGGCCUUUGACACUUCCAAGACUGGUGGACCCAGUCCUUCGCUGUCCCAGGCUAACCGCCCUGGCUCCGCGACCAACACCCCUGGUCAAUCUCAGAGCCAGACCGGUCUUCCCCCGCUGCAGGGUCAACAAGCCCAGCAGGGCUUCGGCGGUUACCCUCACCUGAACCCUCAGUACAGCGGCCUCGGCGGCCUCGGCGGGCACCAGACAGCUGCCAACCAGACCCACCACCAGGCUACCGGCUACGGUAACUAUGGUGGUGCCAGCUUCGGUAACUACUACGGCGGGAACACCGGGCGAGGAGGCUGGGGUGGUAACUACGGUCACUAG